ACUGCGUAUUAGUAAUACUAUCUUAUCUAACUGAUAAGAGCUUUGUGUGAAUAACACACCUUUAGAGGUGUUUAGUGUUCCAUUGAGCCGGGUUAAAGAGGUGCUUAUUAAGUGAUAAUUUAUUUGGUGUGUGAAUUUUAUCAAAAUGGCAGCAAAACGAUCGUUUCUGUUUUAUUUGGCAGCAAUCUUGGUUAUCCUCAGUACGCUUACACAUGAGGCUGAAGCUCGACGAAAAAUCCUGCGAGGAAGACGGGUGAUGACUCGCACUUAUUAUCGCGGUCUUGCGGUUCCAGCUUGGGCAAUAAGCUUGAUAGCUGGAAUAGGAAUGCUGCUAAUAGGAGGAGUCCUAUAUGUGGUUAUGAGAAAAGUAGUCUUAUCAUCGGAGACUGGCUCAUUAAAUACAUACCAACCAGCGAUGCAAAACGAUCAAGUGUAAUUUUAAAACGAUAAAG